GUAUAACUCUAGAGUGCAUGAGAGCAGCAUUCAUAUGUCUCAAUCCCUCACCGUUAACGCGUAUCCAGUAUGGAUUGUAAUCUUUUACACUAAAAAUAUUACUUGAAGACAUAGUGUGGCUCUGUCCUUCAGUAGUGGAUUUGUCCAUGGCUUUCCUGCAGAGGACCGGAGAUUACUGCCACGCUCAACAUCUGCACAUCUAAACACAGGGAGAACACCGAGCUUCACUGAUCUCUGGAUGCACCGAGACGCUCUUCCCUUCACUGCCUGUGGUCCUGCCACCCAAAACUCCUCACUAAUCUAAUGGGGUGAUCUUACCUCUCUGGCUACAGUAAGCCAUUAGAGAGGGGAUUUGAGAUAUUGGGGACUUUGAGAAGUCUUGCAGUGAUUUAUUGACAAAGACAGACUGAACAGCUACGAGCUUCUGUCGCGUGAAUUGGCUUGUAAACAGUUUGGACGCUUGAGUUGGAAGGAAGCACAACUAUGGCUCGCAUGAACCGGCCGGCCCCUGUGGAGGUGUGCUAUAAGAACAUGAGGUUCUUGAUCACACACAACCCAACAAACUCAACCCUGAGCAGCUUCAUUGAGGAUCUGAAGAAGUAUGGUGUCACGACAGUGGUCAGAGUUUGUGAGAUAACUUAUGAUAAAACCCCACUGGAGAAGAAUGGAAUCACAGUUGUGGACUGGCCAUUUGAUGACGGUGCUCCUCCUCCAUCUAAGGUCGUAGAGGACUGGCUGAGUCUCCUGAAGAGGCGCUUCAUCGAGGAGCCCGGCUGCUGCGUGGCUGUGCACUGCGUGGCCGGUUUAGGAAGAGCUCCAGUACUCGUGGCUGUGGCCUUGAUUGAAAGUGGAAUGAAGUAUGAAGAUGCCAUCCAGUUCAUCAGACAGAAGCGCAGGGGUGCAAUAAACAGCAAGCAGCUGACGUAUCUAGAGAAAUAUCGGCCCAAACAGAGACUGCGCUACAAACACCCGCACAUUUUCAAGAACAAGUGCUGCAUCAUGUGACUGCGGAAGCAAACUCCACUGUUCUGAAGCCAGAUCAAGCUGACGGACUGGGCCACAACCCAUGCACUUUGCUGAUUUGCUAUUAAAACACGAACUGAUUGGGUCUGGACGAAAACCCUACUGGUGCCUCAAUCCUCCUCACUCUGAUUGUGGUGUGGAAACUGCCAUGGCUUUUCUGAGGUCUAAAAGGCUGCGUAUCUCCAAAGAUCAGGGGAUAGAGUGAAAGCCGCCUUUGACCCUGCACCAGGACUGACUCCUAAAUCAUGCCUCAAAUGAUCGUGAUUGUCUGAAAGAGCCAGUCGGUGUGAAAAUGUGAAUUGUGGAUUUAAAAAAAAAGAAUCUGUGCUCUUUCUCACUUGUUUUUUUUUUUCUUUCUACUGCUUUUCUGCUCUGCUUCUCCAGGGGUCUGUUUUGUUUUCAGAUGACUACUGUUCCUUCAACACCAUUCAGUUUUCAGCACAAAUUUUCUUAUAGGUCAAUUUUCCCAUGAUGCUUUCAUGUUUUGUGAGCAAACAAUGGUUACAUUGGACUAAUGAAGGGCUCAUCUGAAAGAACUCUGCUGUUCCUAUUACAGCGAGUGCCAGACACUAAAUUGUUUCUGUAAGCCACAUGAAGGCCAAUGAGUUUAACAACCAAGAUGUUUCUUCUGCGUGUUUAUCUGCUUAAAAUCAGCCCUUGUGUUUGUUGAAGUAAUUUUAAUGUGAUGGGACUGACUGCAGGGUCUGUUUAUGAUGCUUGUCCAUUCAGGUCAACAGAUGGGAUGGUAAAAAAUGACCCUGUAUGAAUGAAUUCUGAGAUGAGACUGUGGUUUAAAGUUGUUUUACUCAGUUUUUUUAAGAACACACCUCCAGCUGCAUAAUAAAAAAUAAAGGCUGUUGCAAUCAUGAA